AUGUUCCUUUCAUCUAAGGAGUCCAAACGAAACAACCAUGGCAACAAGGAGAGCUUGCGAUUGCAAUCUAUCUUCUUCCAGGGAAAAAUGACUCAGGAUGUUGAGAUGAAAGAGCAGCAGUUCCCGGAAGCUCCUUCGAAUUCCGUUUCAUCUACCACUCCUGUUUUACAGCAUUUGAAGGAAAUCGCGGCACUGAUUGAGACGGGAGCUUACGCUCGUGAAGUUCGUCGGAUUUUGAGGGCUGUUAGGCUGACAAUCGCAUUGAGGAGGAAGUUAAAGGCUUCUAUAAUUUCUUCGUUCCUUAAUGUUGCUCUUGCACCUGGAUCAGAAGCACACACUCGAUUAUCUUCAUAUCUCCCAAAGGAUGAUGAAAAUGACAUGGAAGUUGACACUGCAUCAUCUGCAACUCAAACCACCGUGAAGCAUUCCCCAGAGCUUGAAAUCUAUUGCUACUUGCUUGUCCUAAUCUUUCUAAUUGAUCAGAAAAAAUACAGCGAGGCCAAGUCUUGUUCUUCAGCAAGCAUUACCCGUCUGAAAAACCUGAACAGAAGAACAGUUGAUGUUCUUGCAUCCAGGCUCUACUUCUAUUACUCUCUCAGCUAUGAACUCACUGGCGAUCUCUCUGAAAUCAGAGGUAAUCUCCUUUCUUUGCACCGUGUUGCUACAUUGCGCCAUGAUGAGUUGGGCCAGGAAACUCUUCUCAACCUGCUACUUCGCAAUUACCUUCAUUACAAUUUAUAUGAUCAAGCCGAAAAGCUCAGGUCAAAGGCCCCACGUUUUGAAGCUCAUUCAAAUCAACAGUUCUGUCGCUACCUCUUUUACUUGGGCAAGGUUAGAACAAUUCAACUCGAGUACACUGAUGCAAAGGAAUCCCUCCUCCAAGCUGCCCGGAAAGCGCCCGUAGCUGCCCUUGGUUUCAGAGUCCAAUGCAAUAAAUGGGCUGUGAUCGUUCGCUUACUUCUAGGCGAGAUCCCUGAACGAACUGUCUUCAUGCAAAAAGGCAUGGAAAAGGCCUUGAGGCCAUACUUUGAGCUGACAAACGCGGUUAGAAUUGGAGAUCUGGAGCUGUUUAAAAACGUAGCAGAGAAAUUUGCAACCACUUUCAGUUCAGACCGAACCAACAACCUAAUCGUGAGACUCCGCCAUAAUGUGAUACGAACCGGGCUCCGCAACAUCAGCAUUUCCUACUCGCGUAUCUCCCUUGCUGACGUGGCAAAGAAGCUACGACUCGACUCACCAAACUCAAUUGCGGAUGCGGAGAGCAUCGUGUCAAAGGCAAUCCGUGAUGGUGCAAUCGACGCGACUCUAGACCAUGCGAAUGGGUGGAUGGUGUCCAAGGAAACUGGUGAUAUUUAUUCGACAAAUGAGCCUCAACUUGCGUUUAAUUCAAGGAUUGCUUUUUGUUUGAAUAUGCAUAAUGAGGCUGUUCGUGCGUUGAGGUUUCCUCCUAAUUCUCAUAAGGAGAAAGAAAGUGCGGAAAAGAGGAGGGAAAGGCAGCAACAGGAGCAGGAGCUUGCUAAGCAUAUUGCUGAGGAAGAUGAUGAUGAUUUUUGAUUCGGAUUGUUGAGGUGAAAACUUAAAAGGGAAGCUAGCUUUUUGGCUUUUGGGUUGUGUUCUUGUUUUUACUGUUUUAUUAUUAUAUGUUGAAAUUAAGUUCUGGGAUUGAUAGAUUUUGUUAUGCGUUUUUAUAUUUUAUGUUUGGUAGACUUGUGUUGUUGAAUCUUUAUGUGGCUACUUCUGAAAAUGAUUAAUUUGUGACGGCAUGAUGCUGACC